CCUUUAUUCUUGCAGUCAUGUGAACUGACUCUUCGGAGCGUCUGCAUUCUCGAUUCUAAAGUCCGUUUUAUAACACGCGCUGGGUUUAGGGCACACGUUAAACGUAUUCAAACCUCAAACUAAAAAUUGAAGUGAAUUAUCGGAUACACCUGUUCACUCGAUUUGUCGACGCUGCUUUUCCAAUUUUCGGAAACUUUUCUCGUAAAUCGUGUCACUUGCAGACGCAUUCUAACGGAAACGGAGCGGCUCGCGGAGAUCGCCAAUUACUUGCUGGCUUGCUGCGCUUUCAAAGCGGAAAGGAGAGAAUAUAUCGGAUAUUCCGUGGAGCGGGUAUAGCGACAGCGAAGAGGAGUCGACAUCCCUCUUUAUAUUUAUUCUUCCGUUUUCUCCCUUUCUUCAUCACGUCGGAUACUGUUGAAUGCUUUCUGACGUCUAAUAUCUGAUUUGAUAUCUUCUCCGUUUUGCAGGUGUGUCAGUUUUAAUUCUGCCCAGUAGGUGGGACUUGAUGCCCGGAGCAUCGGACUUCUUUUUUUUUCCCCUUUUUAAUGCUAUACUUGUAAGUCUCAGAGCUGUGUGCGAACAACCUGGAAUUCAGCAGCUAAGGGCAGCAGAAGAGACAUGUAUGCCAUGCAGGCUAGAGAAGCAGACACAUCGGGUGUACUGAUUUUUCAGCCCCGUCGUCUCUAACGGAGUAUUUUUGUUCUAUUUUUUCAAUUCUUCCUUUUUUUUCUGGAUUGUCGGGAAUCGGGGAUCUCGACACUCAUAACAUACACGCUACACAUAAAAAAUCGGGAGCACGCACAUACACACAUCAUCACACGCAUACAUACAUACAUACAUACACACACACACACACACACACACACACACAUACGCACCCGCGCGCGCACACACAUACCCACUGUGCCACCAACCCUGCCGGAUCAUUCAACAUGGAUCUAUCGUUCUGUCCACCCCGAAUUUUCUGGUGGAGGAUUUUGUUUCUACUCAGCCUUUUCCAGGACUAUCUGAGCUCAAUGCUGGACUGUCCGCCAACCUGCAGCUGUUCCCUUACUGAGAUACAUUGCAAUAAGUCGGACAACGGGAAAUUCUUCCCUCUGCUUGAGGUUCAAGACACGGGAAACAAUGGCAACAACAGCACCAAUAUCCCUGACCUGUUCAAGAACAUCACUUCGAUACACAUUGAGAACUGGAGAGGCCUGCAGACACUCAAUGCCGUGGAUAUGGAACUCUACACUGGCCUACAGAGACUCACCAUUAUGAACUCAGGUCUUCGCAUCAUCCUUCCACGAGCCUUCGCCAAGAAUCCCCACCUUCGUUACAUAAAUUUUUCCAGAAACCCUCUGACCACCUUGUCAUGGCAGCUUUUUCAGACAUUGCAACUCUCAGAACUGAGGUUGGACAACGUCAUGUUCAACUGUAGCUGUGAAAUUCGCUGGAUUCAACUGUGGCAACAAAGAGGAGAGGCAGGAUUGGACACCCAAACACUCUUUUGCAAAAAUGGGGAAUCUGAGGUGAUUCCACUUCAAGAAAUGAACAUCUCUCACUGUGAUCUUCCAGAGAUCAGUGUUAGUCACAGUAACCUCACCGUGAUAGAAGGGGAGAACGUUGUGGUCACCUGUAAUGGGACAGGGGCUCCUCUACCUGAUGUCGACUGGAUUGUCACAGGCCUGCAUUCCAUCAAUACUCACCAGAGCAAUGUGAACUGGCCCAAUGUUCACUCCAUCAAUCUGACCUUAGUCAACGUCAGUGGGGAUGACAACAACUUCUUGUUGACCUGCAUUGCAGAGAAUCUGGUGGGAAUGGCGAAUGCCUCUGUUCAGCUCUCUGUCCACUUUCCCCCACGUAUCCUGAAGCUAAUGGAUCCAGAAAGACAUCACUUCACCUGCGUGCCAUUCAUUGUGCGCAGUAAUCCACCUCCGACUCUUCGCUGGCUUCAUAAUGGCGUGGAAAUCCAGGAAAAUUCUUACAUUUACACAGAUGCAGAAAGUUACCUGGACUACAAAGAAGGCUGCCUCCUUAUCAAUAACCCGACUCAUUAUAACAAUGGAAACUAUACCCUAGAAGCAGAAAAUGAGCUGGGCCUUGCUUCAGAGACUAUCGUUGCACACUUUCUUCCCACUCCAGACGACACCUCGCCUCCAACACCUUCUGCAGGCAUAACAGACAAGCCAGAAGAGGAUACUUUUGGGGUGUCAAUUGCAGUUGGCCUUGCCGGAUUUGCAUGUGUUCUCCUUGUGGUUCUUUUUGUCCUCAUUAACAAGUACGGCCGUCGCUCAAAGUUUGGAAUGAAAGGACCUGUGGCAGUAAUCAGUGGGGAGGAAGACUCUGCAAGCCCUCUUCAUCAUGUCAAUCAUGGCAUUAUCACACCUUGCACAAUGGAUGCCGGCCCCGAUGCUGUGGUCAUUGGAAUGACCCGGAUUCCUGUUAUUGAGAACCCGCAAUAUUUCCGGCAUGGGCACAACUGCAACAAGCCAUCCACAUUUUUGGAUGUGCAGCACAUAAAGAGGAGAGACAUUGUGCUGAAAAGGGAACUUGGAGAGGGAGCCUUUGGCAAGGUCUUUCUGGCAGAGUGCUACAAUUUGAGCCCCACUAAAGACAAGAUGCUGGUGGCCGUCAAGACUCUUAAAGACCCGACAAUCUCGGCUCGGAAGGAUUUCCAGCGUGAGGCGGAGCUCCUGACAAACCUGCAACACGAACACAUAGUCAAGUUCUAUGGCGUCUGUGUGGAUGGUGACCCAUUAAUUAUGGUCUUUGAAUAUAUGAAACAUGGAGACCUCAACAAAUUCCUCAGAGCUCAUGGCCCAGAUGCAAUGAUUCUGGUUGAUGGCCAACCUCGCCAGGCCAAAGGAGAGCUGGGACUGUCUCAGAUGCUGCACAUCGCCACACAGAUUGCCUCUGGUAUGGUAUAUCUAGCAUCACAACAUUUUGUCCAUCGUGACCUGGCCACACGAAACUGUCUAGUGGGCAAUAACCUACUGGUCAAGAUUGGGGACUUUGGUAUGUCACGAGACAUCUACAGCACGGACUAUUACAGGGUAGGAGGUCAUACGAUGCUCCCAAUUCGUUGGAUGCCUCCUGAAAGUAUAAUGUAUCGCAAGUUUACCACAGAGAGUGACGUGUGGAGCUUUGGAGUCAUCCUUUGGGAAAUUUUCACCUAUGGCAAACAACCAUUUUUCCAGUUGGCCAAUAAUGAGGUCAUAGAAUGUAUCACACAAGGUCGUGUCCUGGAAAGACCCAGAAGUUGCCCCAAGGAGGUCUAUGAUAUUAUGUUGGGUUGCUGGCAAAGAGAGCCUCAACAGCGGUUAACCAUCAAAGACAUCCAGAAGAUUCUAUAUGCUUUGGGAAAGGCUGCACCAGUUUAUCUGGACAUUCUGGGCUAGUCAUGUAUCGACCUGUCCACCUGUGUCUCCAGGACAAACAUAAUCCAGGAAUUAACAACAAUAUGUACCUUACUGCUCCACAGCAAAACACCUGCAUAUUGGGGACAGACUUAAGUGCCUGCUACACCUUUCGAUAAACUGGAUAACAAUCUUUACAAAAAAGGGAAAAAGCACUAUUGGCUUUUGUUUACCUGCACAUAAAAUUGUACCAAACUCUACUGUAUAAAGAGGAAUUUUCCCAUAAAAAUGGCCGCCUGUAAAAGAAGAGAACCUAUUCGAUUUGCUCAUUUUGUUAUCCAGACAACAAAAUGGAAAUUUAAGCUACCCAGCUAUAUAUAUUUUUGUUCAUAUUGGGUGGGAGGGAGGGGUGCAAAGGGUUUAAAUAAUAGUAUUUUUGUGUGGCUUUUUUCCCCCCGUCAAAUAUGGGUGCCUGUCAAUGGUUGCUAGCUUUGGAGAGAUGACCGCUUCCUGUUGGCACCUAUUUUACCAAGUGGGGACUUCCUGUGCAAGCCCUGCUGCCUUUUGAUUGGCUGGAUCCAUUUUUUUUUCAUGAAGAUGGCUUUAAAAAUUUCUCUUUUUUAAAGCAAAAACCAGUAGUAAGGAAGGAGCCACCAGUUAAUAGAAACAGACUUAAUUUAAUAAUUGUAUGUACAUAAUGUAAAUUUGUAUUAGUGUCACAAGAUUAUGUUAACUUAUUUCCUGUAUAUGGACCAGUUUUUAUUUUCAAGUUUAGGACUAUUUUGUUUUUCUUUUUUUUUUUUUUCUUUCUUUUAUUUUUUCAGUGCAGUUUUGGUGGAUUAUUUUUAUGACUAUUUCAAUUCUUCUUCAGUGUUUUUGCCAGAAUUGGAGAAAAUACAUUUUUUAGUUGGAGCACUUAACUUUCUGCCACUCUGUUCCAUUUCACGUAUGCAGCAUAAUCAAAAUUUAACAUUUUGGAAUGGCAAGUCGGAAACUGAAAGUGUAAAAGAGGGUGACAGAAGAAACAAAGAAAUGUACACUCAAGAAAAGGAGGAACAGAAGAUUGUUUAUAAUUGGCAAAAUACUGAAAUGUUUUUAAUUUUUUUACUAUAUUAUUUAUAAUUUUAAAGAUCUGUGUCAAGCGGGUAUGCAGUGUACAUUCAAUUUCAAUGCAUACUGACUGAGCAAAUGGAAUGUCCUACAGUGAUCUGUACAAAAAUCCUAUCCCAGUCAUAUAUUUUAUCCUUUUUCAAGAAACGUGUGAAGAA